AUGCUCCGCUCGGCCCCGCUCACAACAAUACACUCUGACGUCACGGGGAAUGGCGACGCGGCCGCACACUCGCCGCGCUCACACUCGCCGCGCUCACACUCGCCCUCUCUCGCGCGCGCACACUCGCCGCGCGCCCCCCACUCCAGCCACGCCCUGAAACCCUCGCGAGACCCCUCUCCCUCCCACCCAGACUCCGAGCCCCUCCGGGCGCUGCCCGCUCCUCGCAGGCCGAGCCUCUCCGGCCCCCUUUGGGCCAGCCACCGCGAACACGCGGGCCUUCGGAACUUGCGUACGAGUCCGCUCCACAACUCGACGCCUCUGUCCUGUGCGCUCACACUCGCUCGCACACGCAUUCUCUCUCUCUCUGCACUGCUCCCCUCUGCUGGACACCUUUAA